AUGUUCAGUAGGACGAUCAGGAAGUCCAUCUUGGACACAAGAAUACCAACCUCGGCGCUCCCGCCUCCUUUCCUCCUCCCGAACCGCGCUCGAUUCUUCAACACCACCGCCCAACAUGUCGAACCACCAACGGAUGGAUUCAAAGCCUCCGAAGUAGCUACUCCAAAAUCCCCAGCAGCGUCUUCGAGACCAGCAGCUACCUCCUCGAUCCCCUCCCCGCCCCCUCCACCUCCUACGCCAGCAUCAUUCUCCCCGUCUGUCAAGGAGCAGCUCCCCCUCCUCGCAGCUCAACCCUCCCACUACAUAAGCGCCCAUAUCCAUGGCCGGCCCUACCUCGUCACCCAGGGGGACAUCAUCCGGCUCCCCUUCCGCAUGCCGGGCGUUGUCCCCGGGGACAUUCUCCGACUGAACCGAGCAUCGAGCCUGGGAUCGCGAGACUACACCUUAAAAGGGGCGCCCUACCUGGACGAGAGGAUAUUCGAGUGCCGCGCGAGAGUCAUGGGGACCGAGGCAGAGCCCAUGCGCAUCAAGGAGAAGAAGAAGCAGAGGAAUCGGAGGACCAAGACCGUGAGGAGCAAGCAUAAGUUUACGAUCCUGAGGAUUUCAGAGUUGAAGGUUAAUAAUUUGGAGGAUAUUGAGGGGUGA